AUCGCCCGGGCCCGCGUGAGAACUAGUACGUCCCGCAGACACGAAUGCAGCUCCGAAAACCGGGGCCCGUGUGAGACAGUUUUUGCACGCACUCGGAUUUGUUUUUAAUGGUCAUUGGUGCUGUGUUUUUCUAAAACUUUUAAACUGCGCCCGACCACCAUUUUUUCAAAAAAAGCCCAUUUUUGCACCUAGGCUACCACCAGGCGCUAUAGGCUCGCCUCGCUGCUUGCGCUUUUGACAACUAUGACCGUUGGUAAUGCAUAAGUUUGUUUGUUGUAUGUAAUUAUGUUAAUUGUGGAAUCACUCACCGGAAAUUCUUAUUGAGGCUCCUAAAAAGAAGUUAUUGUGUCACGUUUGAAAUGAAGUUAUUGUGUUCGUAAUUCUGUAAAUUACUUACUGAGGCUCCUAAAAAGAAGCUACACUUCGUUAUCGAUACCAGACCUAGUAAUCUUGAAAUGUAAAUUUCGUCGGUUUUUAUUAGGAUUUGAAUUCUGUUACGCCCUACUUGCGGUAUGCCGUAUGCGCAUAUAAUGUAUAUAUGUGUAGGCCACCGGGGGGCAAAAGUGAAAGUACACUAAUUUUAACGUUAUUUUACUAUUUUCGUGAAAAUAACGUUAAAAGCUGAGGGUGGUUAAUCAUGCAUCAUGUGGUGGCGUUGAUAGCUAGAAGACAAAAGGGUACGUGCACAAAUCGGUCUUUGUCCCGAUUGCUGAGUGUUAUGUGCCUUAUGUCCAAGGCUUGAUGCAAAACUACUAUCGAGCCGGGGGUCUCACUGGAAGCAGCCUCUCUAUUCCUACGGGGUAGAGGUAAGGCUGUCUACAUCUUACCCUCCUCAGGCCCUAUCUUUGCUUUGCUAUUGGUGGGAUUUAUUGAGUAUGAUGAUGAUGAUGAAUUCUGUUUGCAUCAAUUGUUUUUGUGGUUUUAUGUUUUUGGAGUUAAAACUUCCAGCUGAUACUUGUUGAAACCUGCAUUUGAGUUUGAAAAGGUAUUGAUUUAUAGAAUUGCUAGAUCUUGUGUUGUCAAGUUACAUUUGCUAUUAGGUUCAGUUCUUCUGGUGUAUCUAUAUCAGUUCAGAUAUGGAAGAUUCAAGCUCGGUCAAUGUAAUACUUGAAUUUCUGAAGAGUAAUAAGUUCGACACAGCUGAGGCUGCACGACGUAACGUGAUCGGUAAUCGGACCGAUUUAAACGGAUUUAUGCAAGAUCUACGGCUUGAACUAGGAAAAAGUUCUCAAAUAAGUGACGAAGCAUCGAAAGAAGCUUUUAUUGUGAAAGUAAUGGAAAACGGGACUGCAAGAAAUGGAUCAGAUAGUAAAUUCAAAAAUGUCGCCUUUGUCAACGAGAAAAAUAGGUCGCCUAAUAUUUCAGAUGAAACUAUGCUUGAUUUAUAUUCAAGAAAUUUUAGUUCCAGUAACGGGUCAGUUGAUCUGUACCAAAAUAAUGCCUCUACUAAAUCAAAUAAUGCAUCAUACCUUGCAACAACUGAGCGAAAUAAUGCGUUAAAAUCUUUAAGUUGUUUAGCGUUUCCAGUGAUCUUAGAGAAACAUACGGAAGAGUUACCUAGAUUGCCACCUGUUAAACUCAAAUCUGAUGACAAAUUAUCAAGUAUAACAUGGGAAGAAAAGUAUCAACGCGGUGGGCCCGGUUCGAAGCCUGUUAACGUUGACAGUACUUAUUUUAUUGGAUCGUUUCUUGAUGUUCCUAUUGGCCAAGAAAUAAGCUCUUCAGGUGGAAAAAGACUUGCAGGAGGCAAUUGGUUCUCUGUAAGUCAAGGAAUUACCGAGGACACUUCUGAUUUAGUAUCCGGUUUUGCAACAAUCGGUGACAGUUUAAGUGAAUCUUUCGAUUACCCAAAUGAUUACUGGGAUUCUGAUGAAUAUGACGACGAUGAUGAUGUCGGGUAUAUGAGACAACCUAUUGAAGAUGAAACCUGGUUUUUAGCUCAUGAAAUUGACUACCCAAGUGAUACCGAAAAGAAAACCGACCCAGAAGAAAAAAUCCUCCAAAAAAACGAUGACGAUGAUCUUUCGUUUGCGGAUGAGGAUUCUUAUUUAUCCGGUGACCAAUAUUUUCAUUCAAAAAACGUGGGUCCCGUCACUCGUUCGGGUGAGAGGAUUGAUCAAUAUGAUAGGCCCCAUUUGGAUGACCUUUGUGUAGAUGAGGAACAACGUGGUUCGGUAACAUCGGUGCGAUCUAUUGGUGUGGGGAUCAACAGUGAUAUGGCGGAUUUUGGUAGCGAGAGGGAGUUGGAUGGUAUUUCGUCGCAUGAUUCUGAAAACAAAUACGUUGACCGAAACACGAAGGUCAAAAUCAGCAAAGCCACAAGUUCAGGAAAAUCGACAAAAAACGUGAGUGAUGAUAAACUGCUGACCGGUGGUAAUAAUGAAGACGAUGUAGACGGUUUACAAAUGGCAGAUUCCAGCCCGUCCACUCUGUCGAAUAACGGUUAUGCUGACUGGGCGUGCCAGGUGGACCAGAAAGUUGGCAUUUUACGAGAAGAUGUACCAGGGGGUUCACUGGAGGAUGAAGAGGCUGCUGCUGUUCAAGAGCAAGUGAACCAAAUAAAAGCUCAAGAGGGGGAAUAUGAAACGUUUAAUCUAAAAAUUUUGCACAGAAAAAACAGAACUGGCUUCGAGGAGGACAAAAAUUUCAAUGUUGUUUUAAACUCUGUGAUCGGUGGUCGGUAUCAAGUGACCGAGUAUCUUGGGUCUGCUGCAUUCAGCAAAGCUGUUCAAGCACAUGACCUUCACACUGGCAUGGAUGUGUGUGUGAAAAUAAUAAAAAAUAAUAAAGAUUUUUUUGAUCAGAGCCUUGAUGAGAUAAAGCUUCUAAAAUUUAUCAACAAACAUGAUCCUGGUGACAAAUAUCAUCUGCUCAGACUCUAUGAUUACUUUUAUUACCGAGAGCAUUUGUUAAUUGUUUGUGAACUUCUGAAAGCAAACUUAUAUGAAUUUCAUAAGUUCAAUAGAGAAUCUGGAGGAGAGGUUUAUUUCACAAUGCCAAGAUUGCAGUCAAUAACCAUCCAGUGCUUAGAGGCGCUUGAGUUUUUGCACGGGCUUGGGCUUAUACAUUGUGAUCUGAAGCCCGAAAACAUUUUGGUGAAAAGCUACAGUAGAUGUGAAGUGAAGGUGAUUGAUUUGGGAAGUAGCUGUUUUGAAACUGAUCAUCUUUGCUCCUAUGUUCAAUCUAGAUCAUAUCGAGCACCAGAGGUUAUUUUAGGCCUUCCGUACGAUAAAAAGAUUGACAUUUGGUCCCUUGGUUGCAUCUUGGCUGAACUCUGUACCGGAAAUGUUCUCUUCCAGAACGAUUCUCCGGCUACUUUACUUGCCCGAGUGAUCGGAGUUAUUAGUCCGAUUGGUCAAGAUAUGCUUGCCAAAGGACGAGAUACAUACAAAUAUUUUUCCAAAAAUCACAUGCUUUACGAGCGUAACCAGGAUACAAACAGAUUAGAGUACUUGAUUCCGAAAAAAACAUCGCUAAGGCAUCGUUUACCCAUGGGGGAUGAAGGAUUCAUAGAUUUUGUCUCUUAUUUGCUUGAAAUUAAUCCGAAAAAACGCCCUUCAGCCACAAAAGCUUUAAAACACCCAUGGUUAUCAUACCCGUAUGAACCGAUAUCAUCAUGAAAGAACCACAUGCCCUUCAUCGUCUGGCUUUCGGGUUGUAUUUAUAUGUUUGUGUGACCACAAGUGUGAUGUUUUGAAGGACUUUGCAUCUUUAGGGUUUUAAUCACCUGUACAUAUCAUUAUGCUACUAAUACUAUGUGUUUAGAACUUUAGGGGUUAUUUUGGUAAUAGUUAGUGAAACAACAUUUUAGCCAAAUUUUGGACGGUUUACAGUUUGGAACUUGAAACCAACUGUGUGAACAAACCUGACCAUUUAACAUUUAUUAUUUAUAUAUAUAUUUUUUUUGUUUAA